AUUGUUACAUACAGGCGAAGGAACUCGCCUGACUGGAACGAGACUUUCUUGUUCACCAUCUCUAGCGGUGUUACCGAGUUGAAGAUCAAGAUUAUGGAUAAGGACACUUUUACUACAGACGACUUUCUUGGAGAAGCAACGAUUCCGCUAGAACCGGCGUUUUAUGAAGAGAGAGUUCCACCGAUGUCGUACAAUGUGGUCAAGGAUGAGAAAUACUGUGGAGAGAUUAAAGUUGGCCUCAAAUUCACUCAUCAGGGAAGCAGAGAAGGGGAAUUUGCAGAGGAGGAGAAUUUGGGAGGAUGGAAACAAUCUUCUGUUGAUUAUUAAUGUUUUAAUGUUUGUGAUUAAGCUUGUUAAUUACAACUUGUGAGAUGUUACUUCUUUUUUUUAAUCAUUUCUUGAACCUUAACUUACAUGUCUGGAUUUGUGCGAGAUUUCAAGAUUAUGUGCCAUUGUUGAUUUGUUUAUGGGGCCGAGUUUUAUUAGCUCGUCCAAUUCAUAACCCGUCUCUAGGGAUUUCGAGUUUUUCUCCUAUGAUAGUAUGAGAUUAUAGGAUGAGUUUUUCUCCUAUGAUAGUAUGAGAUUAUAGGAUUUAUUUUGUAGUAUUAUUGUA